AUGUUAACUCCCACUAAACCUCCAGAUAUCCAGACUGACAUUAUAUUACCGCCCGUUAAACAUCCAGCUGUCCAGGUUGGUAUCAUGUUAACUCCAACUAAACCUCCAGAUAUCCAGACUGACAGUAUAUUGAUGCCCAUUAAACAUCCAGCUGUCCAGGUUGGUAUCAUGUUAACUCCCACUAAACCUCUAGAUAUCCAGACUGACAUUAUAUUGACACCCAUUAAACAUCCAGCUGUCCAGGUUGGUAUCAUGUUAACUCCCACUAAACCUCCAGAUAUCCAGACUGACAUUAUAUUACCGCCCAUUAAACAUCCAGCUGUCAAGGUUGGUAUCAUGUUAACUCCCACUAAACCUCCAGAUAUCCAGACUGACAUUAUAUUACUGCCCAUUAAACAUCCAGCUGUCCAGGUUGGUAUCAUGUUAACUCCAACUAAACCUCCAGAUAUCCAGACUGACAGUAUAUUGACGCCCCAUUAA